AUGCUCGUCUCCUAUGUUUGCCUGGCCGGGAUUAUCGGGUAUCUGGUCCAUGUCAUUGCAAGACGAGUCUAUCAUUGGAAUCGUCUGCGGCAUAUUGCAGGUCCCCCAGGGACCGGGUGGACGAAGUUAUGGUUACUCAAGCAGGCCUGGUCCGGCAGGCUCUGUGAUAGACUCUACAAUGCUUGUAGAGAAUAUGGCCCUCUCGUACGCAUUGGGCCAAAUUGGGUGUUGUGCGGUGAUCCUGCUGAGAUCCGUCGAAUAUGGGGAAUAAAGUCUGGCUAUCAACGAUCGGAUUGGUACAAGGCUGUUCGUUUAAACAGCGAAGUGGACAAUGUUUUGUCGGUGAUUGAGAAUAAGCAGCAUCAUCAGCUCCGAGCCCAUCUCAAGCCGGGGUACGGCGGCAGGGGGAUCGCAAAUGAGGAACAGCAUGUUGACCAGCAGAUCCACAAACUCAUAAUACUGAUUGAGCAGCGAUAUAUCUCAACCCGGGCAGCCUUGCGACCAUUAGAUCUAGCUCGAACGAUGCAGUACCUGACGCAGGAUAUCAUCACGGCUAUCGGGUUUGGAAAACCGGCGGGCUACUUAGAGGCGAAUAGUGAUAUUUAUGGGAUCCUGGAGACGUCUGAGGCUCUUCAUAGACCUGUCCACAUGGUCACCCUGCUCCCAACUCUCAGAAAAGUCCUAGAAAGCCGUCUGCUGAAACCCUUCCACCCUAGACCCCAUGACGGGCACGGGAUUGGCAAGUUCCUUGGAUACAUCAAAGACCUUGUCGAUGAACGAUAUGCCGACCUGAAAGCUGGCCAUGCCGAUAUUCUUCAGUCUUUCAUCAGUUCCGGUUUGAGCAGGCCCCAAGUCGAGUCGGAAGCAUUUGUGACUGUAUUCGGCGGGACGGACACCACUUCGACUGCCCUUCGAAAUAUUAUAUUCUAUCUGUCGGCCACUCCUCAAGCAUACCGGGCACUUCAAUCCGAAAUUGAUGAUGUUGUAAAAACAGUCACAAGGCCUGUGAUUAGAGAUGCCGAGGCAAAAGCCCUACCAUUCCUCCAGGCGUGCAUCAAGGAAGGACUCAGGAUGUUCCCACCUACUAUGGGUCUUAUGGGGAAGGUGUGCCCGCGCGAUGAUACAAUCUGUGGCGUCAAAGUCCCUGCAAACACCCAGGUCGGUUGGUCAGCUUUAGCAAUUAUGAGAAAUCGAAACAUCUUUGGAGAAGAUGCAGAUGUUUAUGAGCCACAGCGGUGGAUCGACGCACCAGUGGAAAAGAGGAAAGAGAUGGAUGCCUCUUACGGCUUAGUAUUUGCGACUGGAACAAGGUGGGAGUGCUUAGGGAAGCGGCUGGCGUAUAUAGAGAUGGGAAAGACGAUAUACGAGGUAGGCACCGUCUCCUUUUCACCGCGACUUCGCUUUAAUUGUUGA